AUCAUGGCAAAAUGGGGUUGGAAGCAGGAAACCAAAUAAAGAAGACAUGAAAUGAGAAACCAGUCAAGAGGAUCUUAUCUCAUACCUACUGCUAGAUUUCUCCUUUUCCCCCAUGGAGAUGUAUUAAACUCUUAACACAAAGUCUGCCUGGCCUGAAAGUAAGUGAGGGAAGGAAGACUCCUUUGGAUUGGGCUUUGUAAAGAGAAGGAAUUAAAGGAAAAUAAUAGGUGCUUGCGUCCUACAAUGUUUUAAAGUUCAAACAUAUAGAGAGUGGGAUUCCGUAUGAAGAUGGAUAUAUGGAGCUUCAACAAGAAAGCUCCAAUCUUGGGGUGUUGUCUGCCACAAACUCAAGGAAUCUUUCAUCUUCUUCCUCAGCAUUUGUCUCUGCAAGUCAGUCACCUUUCUUCUCCCCACGAUCGCCGGUGCAUGGCUCCGAACCAGUCCGACCCGACACCGCAAAUGCCUCUAAUGGUGUCGUUAUAAAUGAUCAUCUUGGUUCUAGCACUGUGACCAGACAACCAGAAUCCUUAUCUAAUAUCAACUUUGUAGCAUCUGAUGUUUCUCCGGCUCCAAGUUUCUGCACUUCCAGUAAUUUUGGAACCCCAGGAAAUGUUUAUAACAACCCUGGUCUGGUUUCAUCCUUCAAUGGUAUUUGCAAUGGCAGUUCAUCUAAUUACAGUCAAGCAACCAGCAACGGUCACUUUGCUCGUAGAGAGAAGCAGAAGAGAUUAGGAAGAAUCCAGCCAAAAUGUUCAUUUACUCAGCCUUCAACUUCAGUUUGUUCAGCUAGUAGGCUUAGGAGUUGUGAUGUGUACUUAGGAUUUCACGGACAGAAACCUUCCUUGCUGAGGUUUGCCAAUUGGCUUCGCGCAGAGUUGGAAAUCCAGGGGAUCAGUUGCUUUGCAUCUGACAGAGCCCGGUGCAGGAGUUCGCGGAGCUAUGAUAUGGUUGAAAGAAUAAUGAAUGCUUCUACCUAUGGAGUGGUGAUCCUCACAAAGAAGUCAUUUGGAAAUCCUUACAGCAUAGAGGAGCUUAGAAAUUUCUUGGGCAGGAAAAAUCUGGUUCCAAUCUACUUUGACUUGAGCGCCGCCAAUUGUCUUGCGAGAGACAUAAUAGAGAAGAGGGGGGAACUGUGGGAGAAAAAUGGCGGUGAGUUGUGGAUGCUGUAUGGUGGCUUGGAAAGGGAAUGGAGGGAAGCUGUCGAUGGACUUUCUCGGGUGUUGGAUUGGCAAUUGGAGGCAUAUGAUGGUAACUGGAGAGAAUGCAUACUGCAGGCUGUGGCUCUUUUGGCCAUGAGAUUGGGGAGGAGAAGUGUGGUGGAUAGAAUAAAUCGGUGGAGAGAAAGGGUGGAGAAGGAGGAGCUCCCUUUUCCUCGGAAUGAAAUUUUUGUUGGCCGGAAGAAGGAACUCUCUGAGUUGGAGCUCAUCUUGUUUGGUGAUGUCAGAGGGGAUGGAGAAAGAGAAUACUUCGAACUCAAGACCAGGCACAGGAAAAGAACUUUGUUGAUUGGAAGGGCUGAGAACAAUUGUGAGGAUAAAAAUGCGAAGGAUCAGCAAUCAGAAAGCAGCAUGAAAGGAAAAGAGCCAGUUCUGUGGAAGGAGUCUGAGAAGGAAAUUGAGAUGCAGAGGCUGGGCAGUCCGCAUAGGCAAUGCCGCCCUCUGAGGGGAAAAAUUGGAGGGAAGCAUGGCAGGAGGAAAAGAUCAACAAAGAUACUGUACGGGAAGGGCAUUGCUUGUGUGUCAGGGGAUUCAGGAAUUGGUAAAACGGAAUUGGUUUUGGAGUAUGCAUACAGAUUCUCCCAGAGAUACAAGAUGGUUUUGUGGGUGGGAGGGGAAACUAGAUAUAUUCGGCAGAACUAUCUAGCUCUGCGCACUUUCCUGGAAGUUGAUCUCAGCAUUGAGAGCCAUUGUCCUGAAAAAGGAAGGAUAAGGUGCUUUGAAGAGCAUGAAGAAGAAGCGAUUGGGAGAGUAAGGAAAGAGCUGAUGCAAGAUAUACCAUUCCUGGUUGUCAUAGAUAACUUGGAGAAUGAGAAAGACUGGUGGGAUCGAAAAGUUGUAAUGGAUCUCCUGCCACGAUUUGGUGGAGAAACUCAUUUCAUAAUAACCACACGUCUUCCUCGAGUGAUGAACUUGGAGCCCAUGAAGCUUUCGUACUUAUCUGGCGUCGAGGCGAUGUCUUUGAUGAAGGGAGGUAUGAAGGAUUAUCCAGUAGUCGAAAUUGAUGCUCUCAGAGCCAUCGAGGAAAGAAUUGGCAGGCUCACAUUAGGCCUUGGCAUCGUAGGAGCUAUCCUUUCUGAGCUGCCAAUAACUCCGAGUCGGCUGCUCGACACUAUAAAUAGAAUGCCUUCGGCGGAUUUGGCAUGGGGUGAUAGAGAAGUUCUUAUAUUGAGACGGCACACAGUCCUUAUCCAGCUCUUAGAUGUCUGUCUUUCGAUAUUCGACCAUGCAGAUGGACCAAGGAGCUUGGCAACCAGAAUGGUUCAAGUAAGUGGCUGGUUUGCUCCUUCAGCAAUUCCAAUACCUCUCUUGGCUUUGGCUGCACAUAAGGUUCCAGAGAAGCGUCAUGGUGCUCCAGUCUGGAAGAAGUGCUUGCGUGCGCUAACCUGCAGCAGCUUUACAACAUCUCAUAUCAAGAGAUCUGAAGCUGAAGCAUCGUCCAUGUUGAUGAGAUUUGGGAUUGCAAGGAGUAGCAGAAAACCGGAUUGCGUCCAUUUUCAUGAGCUUGUCAAGCUGUAUGCUCGCAAACAGGGGGCCACCCAAGUUGCUCAUGCUAUGUUUCAAGCAGUUUCCCUUAGAGGCUCCAUCUCUCAAUCUUCUGACCAUCUAUGGGCAGCUUGCUUCUUACUUUUUGGAUUUGGGACCGAUCCUGUUGUUGUGGAGCCGAGACCAUCUGACUUGCUAUUUUUCAUAAAACGUGUAGUGUUGCCUCUAGCCAUACAUACAUUCAUCACCUUCUCUCGCUGCAAUGCAGCAUUAGAACUUCUACGCCUCGCAACUGAUGCAUUGGAAAUUGCUGCUGAGUCCUUGGUGUCAAGAGCUGAGAAAUGGUUUGAUAAAUCACUCUGUUGCAUUAGACCAGUUCAAUCUGAUCACACAUAUCUUUGGCAGGAACUGGCACUCUCGAGAGCAACUGUUCUAGAAACUAGGGCAAAACUAAUGCUUAGGGGUGGCCAAUAUGACGUAGGGGAUGACCUUGUUAGGAAAGCUAUUUUUAUUAGGACUUCAAUAUGUGGUGAGCAUCAUCCAGACACAGUAGCUGCUCGGGAAACACUUUGUAAGCUUAGAAGACUUCUCACAAACAUUCAAGUUAGCUGAUCUUGUGUAGUUCCUUCUCGUUCACUAUAUAUUCUUUCAUGUGAUUUUACAUUAGAAUCACAGAAAUGUCUCAGCUUCUAAUAACAGGGAAAUUGCCUGGAAUACCUUUCCUUUUCCACUUUGCUCUAAUUCUUAUCUUUUUGUUUUGCUCUUGCA